AUGGGGGACCGGCACCGGCGGAGACUCGGGAGCCUCACGGUGAAGUCCCGGGUCUCCAGGGAGACCAAGCUCCGGCUGCGGGUCAUCUUCCUGGACGACAGCGAGCGCACGUUCGAGGUGGAGCAAAAGGUUUUGGGAGGCGACUUCUUCAACAAAGUGUGCGGCCACCUGAAGCUGCUGGAGAAGGAGUACUUCGGCCUGGAGUUCAGACACCACGGCGGGAACUACGUUUGGUUGGAGCUGCUGAAGCCGCUGGUCAAACAGAUCCGAUACACAAACGAUCUGUUCUUCAGGUUCAUAGUUAAAUUCUUCCCUCCGGACCCCGGACAGCUGAAGAGAGGCCUCACCAGGUAUCUUUUUGCCUUACAGAUAAAGCAGGACUUGUCCAACGGCAGCCUGACCUGCAACGACAACAGCGCCGCCCUGCUGGUUUCUCACAUACUGCAGUCAGAGUUAGGGGAUUAUGACGAGGAGCUGGACUGUCACCACCUGGAGAUGAAGCACUACGUCCCCAACCAGGAAUACCUGGACCACAAGAUCAUCAAGCUGCAUAAGAAACACAGAGGAGUCUCUCCGGCUGACUCGGACAUCCACCUGCUGGAGGUGGCCAGGAAGCUGGACAUGUACGGCAUCCGACCGCAGCCUGCCCAUGACGGGGAGGGGAUGAGGAUCAACCUGGCCGUCACGCACUCCGGCGUGCUCGUCUUUCAGGGAAACACAAAAAUCAACACCUUCAGCUGGGCGAAGAUCCGCAAGCUGAGCUUCAAACGCAAACACUUCCUCAUCAAACUGCACGACAAAGUCGGGCCGUCCUGUAAGGACACUUUGGAGUUCGCCAUGGCCAGCCGGGACGUGUGCAAGUCCUUCUGGAAGAUGUGUGUCGAGUAUCACGCUUUCUUCAGGCUCGCUGAGGAACCCAAGGCCAUCCAGAAAACCCUGCUGUCCUGUAAAGGCUCCAGCUUCAGAUACAGUGGUCGGACCCAGAAACAGCUGCUGGAGUGUUUGGGAUCAGGGGAGAAGAAGUCGUCACACUUUGAGAGGACUUACUGUCCGUCCGACUUUGAUGCCAGACAGUGUCGAUCUUCCCCCGAUCUCCUCACCGACGUCUCCAAACAGUUAUACGACCACGCCCACCCGUUCCCCCGGUCAACUCGUGCUCUGGCGGUCUGCAGUCAAGACGAGAUGGAUCCGCAUCACCGAGGCAUAAACGACAUUGAACUCAAUGAAAGAGGGGCUAAACGCAGCCAAUCAUCCGUGGAGGUCAACCAGAGGUGCCGCCCCCUCUCCCAGGUCACGCCCAUCUCUCCAUCAUUCCACCAAUCAACGCCGUCGCCAAAGACCAGAUCUGCAUCCACGUCUUUAAUGGAGGACGUGCGGGUGGGACGGAUCGGGGCGCAGCGCCAAGCCCAGAGGUUAGCCGGUGUCUAUGGAAACCGGUCCCGACGUCGGCCCAACCCCCAGCCACAUCCAGACGCCGCCCAGCAGCUGGUUCUUCUGUACCCAAACAGCCCCGCCUACCAGUACCACCCAGUCCUGCCAUCGUUCCCAUUUGCCGGAGCCUCGCCACUCAAUCGACAUCCCUACCUGACGGACUACGUUACAGUUUCCUCACUCGAGCGUUUCCCGCAUGUGAGGCGGCGAGAUUGUGUGACAAUGGAUGGCGUACCGAGACCAUCCUUCUACCCAUUCAGCCACGAUUCACCCUCGCUUUCCCCCAUCAGGAGGAACCUCCGCCCCUCCGGAUCAGGUGGGCUGGGAUUGGCCCGAGUCUACCAUCCAGGAAGCAACGGCGCAAGGCUAUUGGGCAUCGGACACACAGAGGCGGGGCAUUACAGUGAUGACUCCAACUUCCUCCCUGGGUUGCCUCGCCGUGUGGCAAGCCAGCCAGAUGUCAAGUUCCAGCUCUCAAGGAGUUCGAAUCCCGCCUUUAAUCCCGCAUCCGAGUUCCGUCCCCUUGGUUACUACCCCCACCUGACUCGCCCAUCCAGACCCACCUACCUCCCGCUAAACUCGUCCCCUCUGCCAGAACGCCCAGCUUCGCUCUGCAUGAUCGGCGGCAGCACAGGAAGCUACAGCGACUCGGACCCGGAGGUCUUCUAUCCGUAUUACUGCCCACCCCCCCAGCUGGGGAAGGUGGUACGGUCCGCUGGACUCGCCAGGAUGAGGUUUUCUUCUGGGAGCCUCCAACUGGACGAGGAGGAGGAGGGGGAGGAGGAGGAGGCGGCGAAUAGAGCAGUGAAGGAGGUGGCAAAAACCAAGGUGACGGGUGAAGAGGAGAAUAAAGGAAAGAGCGAAGGGGAGGAGACGAAAGGAGCAGCAAAGAGAACCGAAGUGACGCUGUAG